AUGCUUUCCGCUGCUCUCCCCAUUGCAACAAUUUCUUGGGCGGUUGUGGCUUACGCUUCGCCGGUCGUCACCAUCAGAGACAGCGCGAUCAGCAUUCCGCUCACGAAACAUGUCAAUUUCACCAGUGGACAUGGUCUCUUGGCUAGUGACCAGGCACGUGCAAAGCGCCUACGCUCCAGCAGGUCCUCUCAGGUUCCUUCGAAAGCUGCAUCCCGCACGGAUGUACCAGUCACCAAUCAGGCAGUCAUUUACACCGCAGCACUUGACGUCGGAAGCCCACCUACAACAUUCGACCUCAUAGUAGACACGGGGAGCUCAAAUACAUGGGUAGGCGCCGUGACUGAGUACACGCCCACAAGUACCAGCCAAGAUACUGGGGGUUUCUUGGUGGUCACUUAUGGCUCGGGUUUCGUGAUUGGCGAAGAAUUUAUCGACACUGUCAGUCUCGGCGACGGUAUUACAGUGACAAACCAGUCCAUCGGCGCUGCAGAGUUUGCCUCUGGAUUCUCUCCGUACGACGGCAUCCUCGGGAUUGGACCUGUAGACCUUACCACUGACACGGUCGAUAAUGUGGAUACAGUGCCGACUAUCACGGAUAAUCUCUUGGCCCAGGGCACUAUCUCUACGGAGGUUAUUGGGGUGUCCUUCGAGCCAACAACAUCCAACGCGACCACCAAUGGCGAACUCACUUUCGGCGGAGUUGACUCUAGCAAGUUUACCGGAGACAUAACUUAUACGGCCAUUACGUCGACGUCCCCGGCGAGCGAGUAUUGGGGCAUUGAUCAAACCGUGGCUUAUGGCGAUGAUACAAUCCUUCCGCUUACUGCUGGGAUUGUUGACACUGGCACUACUCUUUUGCUACUGGCUACGGAUGCAUAUGACGCAUACACUGCCGCUACAGGGGCAACACUCGACAGCACGACCGGCUUGCUGUCUGUUACGGCCGAUCAGUUUGCUGCCCUUGAGAGCCUGUUCUUUACCAUUGGUGACACAACUUUCGAAUUCACUGCGAAUGCUCAACUCUGGCCGCGCUCCCUGAACACGGACAUCGGUGGCGAUGCAGACGGCAUCUACCUCAUUGUUGGAGACCUCGGCAGCAACUCGGGCGAAGGCCUAGACUUCAUCAAUGGGUAUGCGUUCCUCGAGCGCUUUUACAGUGUCUUCGACACCACGAAUCUCCAAGUCGGACUUGCCACGACGCCGUUCACCAACUCCACGACAAACUAG